CUUGGAACAAUAAAGUAAACCCCACAAACACAACAAUUUGAUAAUUUGACACCAAAAAGUAGAAAGCUUUCCUUUAGGGUUUCUCUUUUCAAUCGAAUGGCACAUCGUCAAUUGUAUAGCUACGCUCUUCAACCUUCUUACGCUGCUGCCUCCGCCGUAUCUCCAGCUCCUCCGCCGCAACAGCAGCCGCCAAAAACCGGUCUUUCCUCUCUCUACGGUUCUUCUGCUGACCAUUAUUACCCCGAUACCACGUUUCGUUUCUUAGCUCGCGAUGGAUCCGAAGCUUUGAGCAACUAUUCAGGGACUCUUGCAUCGUCCUCCGCUAUGUACCACCAUUUGCCUAACACGACGGCAUCGCAUUUGGCGUAUCCGCAGCUGCUUCAGCAUCAGGAAGCAGCUUGGCCACCUGGUGUGGAGGUUCCCGGUGCUGCUUCCGCCGUCGAGCCACUUCCUCCUGGUGUCAAACGCACCUCUGAAGCGCUCUACUAUCCGACUCUGUUGGGUGCCCAUAAUACAAUUGGUCAAACCGAAGCUUGGUAUACUACAGACUAUUUUACCAAGCGCCCUAAGUUGGAGAGUACAAGCCAUUUGCCUAUAUAUCCACAGAGGGCAGGAGAGAAGGAUUGUACCCACUAUAUGCAAACAAGAACAUGUAAAUUUGGAGAUAGCUGCAAGUUUGAUCAUCCUAUUUGGGUUCCUGAGGGCGGAAUCCCAGAUUGGAAAGAGGCACCAGUUGUUCCAAAUGAAGAGUACCCUGAGAGACCAGGAGAACCAGAUUGUCCUUACUAUAUAAAAACCCAACGCUGCAAAUAUGGUUCAAGGUGCAAAUUUAAUCAUCCGAGAGAAGAGGCUGCAGUUAGUGUUGAAACCCAAGAUGCAUUGCCUGAGAGGCCUUCUGAACCUAUGUGCACAUUCUACAUGAAGACUGGAAAAUGUAAAUUUGGUUUAACAUGCAAAUUCCACCAUCCAAAGGAUAUCCAGGUACCAUCAUCUAGUCAGGAUAAUGGUAGCAGUGUGGGGUUAACCAGUGAGCCUGAUGCCACAAACAAUCCGCAUGUCACAUUUACCCCAGCAUUGUAUCAUAACUCGAAAGGACUGCCUGUUAGACCGCUUUUGCAGGGUGAAGUGGACUGCCCAUUCUAUCUCAAAACCGGAAGCUGCAAGUAUGGAGCCACUUGUCGCUACAAUCAUCCUGAGAGGACUGCAUUUAUCCCCCAAGCUACUGGGAUAAACUAUUCUCUAGUUUCGUCGAACACUGCGAAUUUAAACCUUGGGAUGGUUACACCAGCUACCUCCUUCUACCAGACUCUUACUCAACCCACGCUUGGAGCGCUUUCAGCAACUUAUCCCCAAAGACCUGGACAAUCAGAAUGUGAUUACUACAUGAAGACAGGGGAGUGCAAGUUUGGAGAGAGAUGCAGGUUCCAUCACCCAGCAGAUAGGUUAAGUGCAACGAGCAAUCAAGCUUCUCAACAACCAAAUGUAAAGCUGAGUCUUGCAGGGUAUCCCAGAAGAGAGGGUGCGCUUAAUUGCCCUUAUUACAUGAAGACAGGGACUUGCAAAUACGGGGCAACAUGCAAGUUUGACCAUCCUCCUCCAGGUGAGGUGAUGGCUAAGACCACUUCAGAAGCCGAUGCUGCUGGAGCAACCGACACUACUCAAUGAGUUUCCGAGCUUUGUAUAAGAUAAGAUGAUAUCGUGUUGUAAUCUUAGUUUACUUGCUAUGUUGUGCAUCUGUUUCGUUUCAAAUGCUUGUCGCUCCUGAGUUCUCUUUAUCAUCCUAAAACGAAAAGAAAUGGUUGAGCGAGUCUUCUUUUACUCAGUUGAGUUCAUAAAGGCAAAAUUGUUCCUAAUGCCUUCAAUAUCA